UGUCAACCCGGUUGGCCACAUAUUUUUUUAUUUUAUGCAUUAGUUGUCUUAAAGGGUGAAGAGGCCUUCACAAUAGACGUAGGUUUGCUGUCAAGGAUUUAGUGAGCCGACUGAGGCCUAAGUUUUGUAGGCCGCCGUAUUUCAAAGGUGCUUUCGGUUAAUUUAGUAGUAUUAGGCUAAGUUGCUGGUUCCAUUCCUGUUACCUGAAGGUACCUUACAGUCUUAGGAAAGCGACAUCACAGUAAGGAAUUAACCUAGGAUGAAUAAAUCGUUUUUCAUCCAAAGGAGAACUCUGCAAAAUGUGUUUUUAGGAACUUUUGGCAACUUGGAAGCAAAGUCAUUUUGUCAAGCACCAAUAUUAAAUUGUAAUACCUCAACUUAUGUCAGUAAAGGUCACGAGAGAAGGUUUGCAACACUUGCUCAAACAUUGUCAGGUAAAAAAGUAACCAGAAGAUUCCCUGUCGGAGCUUUCUGUACUAAAGUUCAAGUGGAAAACACUGAUGGGAAUGCAUCUUCAAAGGAGAUAAGUGAUUCUAAUAAUGGGAGGAAGAAAGACUUCAAUUUUGAUGCACUGGGCACUUGGGACAAUCGAAUUGAUCUUCCUAUCAUGAUGGAAGCCAGUAUUAAACAAGGAGCUCCAGUGCCAUUAAUUGUACCUUCUGAUGUAGGUUGUUCAAGUAUCAUUGGGAAGAGAACUUACCAAGAAGACAGAUAUGUUGUGACAAGUCUCCCAGACAACGUGUUGUGUGCUGCUGUAUUUGAUGGGCAUGGCGGAAGUGAAUGCUCUGAAUUCUGCCAACAAAAUUUAGAGAGUAUUCUCACCCAACAGUUGAGUCAGCAUAAGGACCUAGAAGCAGUAUUGCACCACAGUUUCUUGACAUUACAUUCCCAGUAUGUGAAAUGGACUGAAGAACAUUCAGCAGGGCUAAAAGCAGGCACAACUGCAAAUGUUUGCCUGUUGCGAAAUGGUGUGGAACUUGCUGUAGGCCAUGUAGGGGAUUCACGAGCAAUUUUAUGUCGUAUGGGGUCUGCAAGGGAACUUACCCAUGAUCAUUGCCCUUCCAACAAGUCUGAGAAGGUGCGGAUUUUGCAGUCCGGUGGCCGUGUGUCUGUGGAUAAUAUAGGAAGACAUAUGGUGAAUGAAACGCUUAAUAUGUCACGAAGCAUAGGAGAUAUUCCGCUGAAAUCCUUUGGAGUAACAGCUUUGCCUGAUACUAGAACCUUGAGAGUGAAACAUGGUAAAGAUGCUUUCUUGCUCCUAACAACGGAUGGCAUCAACUUUGUGUUACGCAAUGAAGAAGCUUGUGACAUUGUUAACCAAGCUCCGGACCCAUAUCGAGCAGCUCAGUUGCUUACAGAACAAGCUCUUAGUAUGUCAUCAGAAGACAACCUGACAGCUUUGGUCAUUCCCUUUGGCUCUUGGGGAAAAUACACCAAGUCUGCAUCAAUGUUCUUCUCCUUUGGUAUUGGACGUGACAUGAGUAAGAGUAGUCGAUUUGGUUGAAUUGAAGUCUGGUUAGUAAACGUUUAAUUUUGAGAUUUUCUCGCAUUUGUUCCUCUUGUGGGUUUGUUAUUGAGACACAUUUUGGUCCUUAGUAUUCAUGGUGAAAACUUACAGGUUUGCUCAUUAAUAGUUAGCUUUCACUUUUAUCAUUCAUCAGUUUUAUUCAUGAAGGAAUUUGAUGAUUUUAAAAGAAAAUGUAUUGUUAUCGUUCACAGUUUUUGUUGUUAUUUCAAGACUGGGAAAUACUAAUUACCAGACUUGUGUAUCUUUGGAAUUGAUUUGUGCCAAGGAAUUCACUCCUUGCAAUUCUCUUGUGUUGUCUAGAGUUUAAGGAAGGAUAACUUAGUCAGUACAAACUACAAAUAUUUUUGUUAGUGAUAAAUAACUGUAGGUGUACUAUAUAGUAUUGAAUUAUUUUAUCAAAACAGUUAAUCUAUUAAGUAAGCAGUGAAACUUAUAAUUACAUCUUAUUUAAAGUGCAGGAAGGUGUUUCCUGUUAUUAAGAACUGUCAGUCCACUGAUUAAAUGUUGGAUAAUGCUUAGGAGAGCUAUUUGUAAAGAAUGAUACUAACAGGGUACUAAUUAAUGCUAAGUAAUGAAGAGAACAUAUUGCAAGAUUGAUGAAAUAUUGCAGCCUUAACUGAAACCUAAUUCUUUCUUUCAAAAAGACCAAUUAACUUACUUCCUCCAUUGUUUCAGCUAUGUGUAGUGGUUUUUGAUCGCCAUAAGCUAUUCAUUUGCAAUGUACCGUAAUCAAAAGAAAUUUUACUGGAUUUUCAGUGAAGUAGCAUCGCUUUGUCCCUCAGUUGUAUUUUGUUCUGUCAUACUUUUCCUUCUUACUCUACAGUUUCUUCCCAUUUUGUUGUCCAGUAUCCAGUCUCUGUUUGUCAUUCCAGUUUAUGGAUGUGUGAUCUGGUUGUCCAGCUAAACUGCUUAAGAGUUAUGAUUGUAUGAGGGUUAGUAGACGACAGAAACUUUCAUAUUUCCUUUUACAGAAUGAUGUUAUUUCCACUUCUUUUCCAUUUUUCCUUUUGAUCAACUUUUUUUUUUUCUCUUAUUCAUUUUGUCACCUUCACAAAUCAUUGAGGGACUAGUAAGGUGUAGAUUGAGACAUUGAGGGUAUACAAAAUAUAUUUUUGUGGGGGAAGACAAAGCCUGAUGUUCACAACCUGGCAAUGAAUCAGUCUAGAAGUUUUAAAGAGGACCUUUUGGUCUUGCAGGGAAAUGAGUUGUGCUUUAUCAAGCUUGAGAUUUAGUUGUUAUGGCAAAGUGUUUGAAAAGCAUAUUGACAGGAAUGAUUUGAAUGAUACACCUUUUUAAUUUUUUCUUUUUAUUUUCACUUUAUGGCAAUUUAUUGUGAAAAAUUAAUUAAUAAGUUACUGAAUUUUUUAACUUACUCCAUAUUUCAUAAUAAUAAUAAUGAUAAUAGUAAAAAUAACAUGAUAAUAACAAAAAUAAUGAUAUAAUAACUAUCAUGUAGUUAUACUUGGUAAUUUUAAAGGAUAAGGAGAAUAUUUGAACAGGUGUAACACUACAAAAUGUUAAGAUUUCUUGCUGGAAUUAGCAUAUAUACCAGAGCUCUAGAGUUUCCAGAGAGAUGUGGUAUACAGAGGUAGAAAACUUGAUGAUGUCUCAAAGACUGACUAGGUUUUACUUAUGCAUUCAGAUGAGAGAAGCAGGUACGCAGGCCAGUAAAAUUUGAAGUAGUAGGACAAAGACUAGUAGGAAAGGAGACCCCGGAAACUCUUGAGAGAAAACUUGUGGAGAAAGGUUAGACCAGAUGUGAAUGUAGGCAGAAGAGAUUAAAGGGAACUUAUUUAUCAUUUAACCUCUUAAAAAGAAAAUCGAAUGGUAGGUUUUGGUGAUAAUGUGAAUUUAUCUCAUCUUAGGUAAAUGAAGAGAUUAUCUAAAAAUAUAAGGGCAGAUUUUGUGUUAGAGACUCCUUUCCUUUCUUCUUUCCCUGAUGCUUUUGGUAUUUCCUUGUGAUUACAUUAGUUUACGUUAGAUCCCCUCUUGUAUGAUGUCACUAACACACUGUCAUGAAUACGUCUUAUGACUUUUUUCAGUCCAUAUUAGUGUCCAUUUUUCAUUUUAAUUGGAUUCCCUCUCUUUUACAUUAGGUCUGUAGUGGUUUAGUUUAAAAUGCUCCUUUUUCUUCAAUUGAUAUAUCCUCGGUAGUGGGAUAUAUCGGUGUACCUCGUGCGGUGCACUGUAGGCAUUACUUAAGGUUUCUUUGCAGCGUCCCUCUGGCCAAUAGCUGCAACCCCUUUCAUUCCUUUUACUGUACCUUUGUUCAUAUUAUCUUUCUUCCAUCUUACUUUCGACCCUCCCCUAACAAUUGCUUCAUAAUGUAGUUGCGAGAUUUUUCUCCUGUUACACCUUUCAACCUCUUUUACUCUUUUUCCCUUUCCGGGCUGAGUGUUAUUAUUAUUAUUAAUAGGGCUUAGUGACCUCAUAGGUCCCAGCACUUGGCCUUUGACAUAAAUUGUCUAUUCCUUCCUUCCUUUAUAUAGAUCUAGUCUUUGAGUUCCACAUCUGUGAUAUGCAACAUCUCCUUAUACAUCUUUCUACUAGGGGUAAAAAGAUAAUAGAGGGCAUGAUUACUUAUCAUUUUUAAUCUCGCACAUUUCAUCUAGUCUCAGCUAACUUGAAUCCUGCUAGUGGAGGACUUCCAUGUACUGGGAGUAUGACCUCAGUUAGUUAAUUUAUCAGACCUAUCUUUCAGAUGCCCAGGAAUAAUUAGUUUUUGAGUUAAUUAAUUAUUUAAAUAAGAGUAGGUUAUACUCUGACAAAAGAACCAAACAUUAGGCAAUGUAUAUUUUCUUCUUGUAAGAUACUUAUGCUAAAAUGCUGCUUGUAUGGAUAACUAGUGUGUGUGUGUGUGUGUGUGUGUGUGUGUGUGUGUGUGUAUGUUUGUGUAACCUCUGGCUGGGAAGUGUAGGCCCUCCUUGAACAAUAGUUUAUCAUCAGGAAAAGUCGAACUUGUGAUUAUACAAUUCAUCUCUAUGCGUUGGAUUUCAUCAACUUUUGACAACCCUUAUUAAACUUUUUAGAUAUUAAGGAUGUAUCUGUGUAUGAAUACAAAUCAAACUGUAUAUGCUUACAAUUAAAAUCAUGAAAAAGGGUGAACUCUUUCUUCAAAAUACUUAAUGGUGCUAAUUCACCUUAAAACAAUCAAUCUUUGCUAGAAAAUGUCAGUGACCUGUGAAAAUAGAGUCCAUAACAUUAACACUGGGCAGAAGACAUACUCUUGGAUGAUUAUGGAGUUGAUAUAUUUUCACAGGUUGAGCAGUGAUGCAUCAUACGUACUUGUAUUCUUGCAUGUACCAGUGGGGGAUUUCUCUAUGUGAUUCAGGGUCCCACCUAGGUAAAUUUUAAUCUACAUAAGUUUACUGAUAACUUUUUCAUGACAUGAACCAUUCAAAGAUUAUUUUAAAGAUUAUCAAUGAAAAUAUUGUCAAAGGUAGUUGAACAAAAAUGUGUUCUGAUAGAUGGGAGAUGCAGGUAUGCUUUUAAAUUUCCACAAAGAGAUUCUGGAUUUACAUUACCUAUUAGAUAUAUUUAUAGAAAUGUUACUUUAGUCUAAUUCUGUGAAGAAUCCACAUAGUAUUUAGAAAGCUCAGUGAUCUUAAUUUUUUCCAAAGUGCAUUCCUGUAUGGUUUUAAUAAUUAUAUUCUAGUAUGGUUAACUGCAGGUCUCAUAGAGCAUCACCUCUGGUAAUGCCAGAUGUACAUCAUCAUCUUAGGCAACAUACAGGUUCCCAAGUUCACUACUACAAUUACUUGAUUAAUUCAAAUCCUGGGCAGUAAUCAUCUCCAACACCUUAAGCCAAAAUUGUUGAACUGAUAGACUUUCUCCUUCCAGUUAUUUUUUUAUUUGUUGAUUUCCAUAUUAUCCUGAAUUCUAGUGAGAAUGAUAGUGAUGGUAUAUCAUUAGACUGUGAUCUCUUGGAAAAUCUGUCCGAUUAUGAAAAUGGUCAAAGCUGAAGGCGACAGGUGGUAUGGAACACAAAUAAGUUUGUGGAGACAAGUUUAUCCCAAAGUUGUUCUUUAUUUUUCUUAUCUUAAAAACUUAUUUACUUUCUGAAUUAGAUAGAAUUAAAAAUAGAAUGGUAAAAGUUAUUGGUUCCUCCCUAACUGGUGGCAAUUGGGCAUUCAGGAUUUUACCGUUUCUUAAUCAUGAAUUAAAUAGCAAAGAGCCAUUGAAACAAGUGAUAUGUAAAGUAAUUUCACUCCUAUGCAUCACCAGAAAUAAGCACCAAAGGAUUGUUAUUUAGAUGAAUAACUGAAAAAAACUGAUGAACACAUUUCUUAUUCUCAUUACAUUAGAUUGAUUUUAUUAUCACAAUAAAAGAGAAGAUUGAUCAUUAUUGUUUAGAAGAUAAACCCUAUUCAAAUGGAAUAACUCCACAAAAGCCAUUGACUUAAAAUUCAAACUUCCAGCGAAUGUGGUGUUCAUUUGCAAGAAUUGACAGAAGCCCCAUUAAUAGGAAAUACAGUAAGAAGAGAUCAGCUGUUAGGAAAGUAAGAUUAUGAUCUGUAGUUCUCAAUGAUAAUGAAUAUCACUCAAAAAAUGCAUCUAUGGUACUUCAUCAGUAUGUAGGAUGUAAUCUUCAUUAUUACUUUCCUUUUUACAAAGAUGAAAUUCAUUGCAGCAAAGAUGAUCAUAGAACCACAGUUCCUCUUCACUUGUUGAGAUUAUUGUAUCCUUUUAAUAAUAAAUUUGUUUGACAAAAUACUGAAAGUGCUAAAAUGUAUUAUAGGAGCAAGGUAAUUGAGGUGUGGUGAAAUAAAUACACUGGAGAAUGAUGACUGGUGCAGAUGGACUGUGAUGAAGGUGCAUGACCCUAUAAACAGAGCUGUUUUUAUGUACGAGACAGCAAAAUCCCACCUACUUUAAAAGUCAGUCUUUUCAUUGUCUUUUAUUUUCACUGCAAGCAAAUGCCAGUUCACAUAAUGAUCAGGUUUUCAAAAUGACAGUUCAUUUCCUUUGGUGGUUUGCCUUUCAGUUUUGAAUUUCUUUUAACUGCAUGAGUACUUACUAAGUCUUUCAAAGCAAAUGUCCUCUUAGACCUAAUUUUCCAAGUUUCAGCAGUUUUAUUACUUGGUGGUAACAUAAGCUUAGUUAUAUAAAGCACAAAUGAUGUAAAAUUUAUAAAAAAAAAAAAAACUGUUUGACGUGUAUAAUUUAGUGUAAAUAAAUGCUCGAAUUGGU